CUCUGCGCGCCUUGAAACGGAUAAAAUCUCUCUUCUUCUCUGCUGUGUCUCGCUCUCAAAGCCAAAGCCACUGAAACUGAAAAACGCAGGAAAAAAUGCUAGCGAAUCCUAGCACCAGUACUCUCCAUCACAGACCUAAUUACACACACAACCCUCCAUGUGCACUCUCUAAUCAUCGCUGCAAGCUCUCUCUCUCCCCAAAUUGCCCUCGCUUCUCCAAUUCUGCAAAAUCCAACUUUUCUUCGCUUUCUCUGCUUCUAUCAAGAAGAAAGCGUGAAAGGUUGUUUACUUUUGUCAAUGCUUUCGAGGAAACUUCUGUGGCACAUGACGCCCCUCAGUCUUUGCCUCAGCGUUUUUCUGUCAAAAUCCCCGUCGGUGACAGACAUAUAUUGGUUGAGACGGGUCAUAUUGGGAGACAAGCUAGUGGUUCUGUCACUGUGACGGAUGGGGAAACUAUUGUCUAUACAUCUGUUUGUUUGGAUGAUGUUCCUAGUGAGCCUUCUGAUUUUUAUCCUCUAUCUGUAAAUUAUCAAGAGCGAUUUUCUGCAGCAGGUCGAACUAGUGGAGGAUUUUUCAAACGAGAAGGGAAGUUGAAAGAUCAUGAGGUUCUUAUUUGUAGAUUGAUAGAUAGGCCUUUGCGCCCAACCAUGUUCAAGGGCUUCUACCAUGAAACCCAGAUACUAUCUUGGGUUUUGAGCUAUGAUGGUUUGCAUUCUCCUGAUUCUUUGGCUGUCACAGCAGCUGGAAUAGCUGUAGCUCUUUCAGAAGUACCAAAUACAAAAGUAAUUGCAGGAGUUCGAGUUGGCCUUGUUGACAAUAAGUUUAUUGUGAACCCAACAACCAAGGAGAUGGAAGAGUCAGAAUUGGAUUUAUUACUGGCUGGUACAGACAGUGCAAUAUUUAUGAUAGAGGGUUAUUGUAAUUUUCUUACAGAAGAAAAGUUGCUUGAUGCAGUACAAAUUGGGCAGGAUGCAGUGCGGGCAAUUUGCAAUGAGGUGGGUGUUUUGGUGAAGAAGUGUGGGAAAGCUAAAAUGCUUGAUGCAAUCAAAUUACCUCCUGCUGAGCUGUAUAAGCAUGUGGAGGAAAUUGCUGGUGAUGAAUUGGUGAAAAUAUUGCAAAUUACAAGCAAAGUACCAAGAAGAAAAGCCCUUGCAUCGCUGGAAGAAAAGGUGCUUAGUAUACUUACAGAAAAGGGAUAUGUAAGCAAGGAUGAAAGGUUUGGAACCCCUGAAACAGUUGCAGACUUGCUAGAGGUUGAAGAUGAGGAUGAGGAAAUUGUUGUAGAUGGUGAAGUGGAUGAAGGUGAUGUCCACAUAAAGCCAAUUGGACGCAAAUUCUCUCCCUUGUUGUUUUCUGAGGUAGAUGUGAAGCUGGUAUUUAAAGAAGUUACAUCCAAAUUCUUGCGGAAACGGAUUGUUGAGGGAGGAAAAAGAAGCGACGGGAGAACUCCAGACAGGAUACGUCCAAUUGAUUCCAGAUGUGGAAUACUUCCCAGAGCACACGGAAGUGCUCUUUUCACACGUGGGGAAACACAGUCAUUAGCAGUUGUUACACUUGGUGAUAAACAAAUGGCACAAAGAGUAGACAACCUUGUGGACGAAGAGGAAUUCAAGAGGUUCUAUCUACAGUACUUGUUUCCUCCAUCAUGUGUUGGAGAAGUGGGCCGGAUAGGAGCACCUAGUAGAAGAGAAAUCGGUCAUGGAAUGCUCGUGGAGAGAGCUCUCAAACCUAUAUUGCCUUCUGAAGAUGAUUUUCCUUACACAGUACGGGUUGAGAGUACAAUCACAGAAAGCAAUGGCUCCUCAAGCAUGGCCUCUGUUUGUGGAGGCUGCUUGGCAUUACAAGAUGCUGGUGUUCCUGUAAAAUGCAUGAUUGCUGGGAUUGCGAUGGGUUUGGUUCUUGACACUGAGGAAUUUGGGGGUGAUGGAACGCCCCUCAUUCUGUCUGACAUAACUGGAUCAGAAGAUGCUUCUGGAGACAUGGAUUUCAAGGUUGCUGGAAAUGAAGAUGGAAUAACUGCAUUUCAGAUGGACAUAAAGGUUGGAGGAAUCACCUUACCUGUUAUGAGAAAGGCAUUGCUACAAGCAAGGGAUGGCCGAAAGCAUAUUCUUGCUGAAAUGUUGAAAUGCUCACCUUUCCCUUCCAAAAGGCUUUCUAAGUAUGCCCCAUUGAUUCACAUUAUGAAGGUCAAUCCAAAGAAAGUUAACAUCAUCAUUGGUUCUGGUGGGAAGAAGGUGAAGAGUAUAAUAGAAGAAACUGGAGUUGAGGCUAUUGACACACGAGAUGAUGGAAUUGUAAAAAUUACUGCAAAGGAUUUGUCAAGUAUAGAAAAGUCCAAAUCCAUUAUCAAUCAGCUAACAAUGGUUCCAAAUGUCGGUGAUAUCUACAGGAACUGUGAGAUCAAAUCCAUAGCUCCUUAUGGAGUUUUUGUUGAGAUAGCCCCAGGGCGUGAGGGACUUUGCCAUAUUAGUGAACUAACUUCGAACUGGUUGCCAAAGGCUGAAGACGUUUUCAAAGUUGGAGACCGUGUUGAUGUUAAACUAAUUGAGGUAAAUGAAAAGGGACAACUUCGACUUAGUCGCAAAGCAUUGCUUCCUGAAGCCACUCCAGAGAAGUCCAGUGCAGAGCAUCAUGCAACUGAUAAGGCUAGUCCCAGAAGGAUUGUGCAAGCACCAAAGGAUGGUUUAGCUGAAGAGUACAAGGAUAAAGACAGUGCAGUAAAUUCCCCAAGAAGUGAUUCAAUAAAGGAUGCUCCAGUUUCAAAAAAGAAGGUUUACAAGGGAGUAACCAGUUCUGCCACAGAGGGGCCAAAGAACAGUGUUGCAUCUGUCAGUAGCAUUGCCAGCAAAGACGAAGGUACUUUAGAGAAUGGAGAUGCUAAGAUUGGAUAGCAAACGUAGUCUGUUGUUCAUCGAUGAAUAAGUUGGUUUCGUUAUCAUAAUAAAAGAUGACAGGGAAAAGAGCAUUAGCUGGAUCUGAAGGUACGACCUGCCAACCAGUGGCGUAGCCACGUGAGGACAAAAGAGGGCAAAUGCUUUCUUACUUUUUUUUUAAUAUUUUUUAUAUUAAGAUCUUAAUAUAAUAGUUUUGGUGAGGGUAUAAUACAAGAAAAUAAAAGUGAAAACUUAUUAUUGACUUUA